CUCUUAGAGAGCAAGAAGAGAAGGGUCAAACCCAAGCACUUUACCAGACAGCAGCAGUGUUCUAGUCAAAUGUUAAUGUGAUUGAGUGCACCUAGAGGAACUCGAGCUCAUUCCCUGCUCUGUAGCUGCUGUUUGUCUUGUGAACGAGUAGGCAUUGCUAAUGUUGUUGGAAUUGAUAGAUUGAUUGAUAGAAGGUUGAUUGAACGUUGCUGGUGGUGCGAGGAACGUUGAUGGGGUUGCUGUGCUAUAUGGUAGUUUGGGGCUAGGUGCACUUGUGAUAUUUAGUCUGAAAUAGAGAUGGAGAGGGAAGAAGAACCCCAGGUUAAAGAGAAGGAGCACUCCAAAACCCCAGAGGUGAAGGUCCCCAACAAAUCAGAGACUAAGCGCUACAGCGAGAUCUUCCGGGACUUCGAUAAUUUUGAACUCUCUUUGGUCAACUCCACUGUAGAGGAGAUGUUUCCAGACCCUGACUCCCAGUCGAUUGCUGAGACCGUCUCUACGGAAACCACAGACAACACUGAGCUGGAUCAUCUGACGUGUGAGGAUGUCUACCCCCCAGAUGGUGAUGACAAAGAUGGAGGUCUAUCCGCCCAGGAAGCAGACCUGGCCCUGUGUCGCUGUGAGGGAGGCGUGGAGCUGGCCCUGCAGUAUGCCAAGAUGUGGUGCCGCUAUGCCAAGGACCUGCUGGCCUGGAUGGAAAAGAGAAUCAGCCUGGAGCAAGAGUUUGCCAAGAACAUCAUAAAGGCAGCAGAAACGGCUAAGUCCUGUGUGGCUCAGCAGGACAUGAUGCCUCUGCAGUACAUCUACACCAUGGCCCUGGAGCACGAUGUGAAGACCAGCCAAUCUACUAAACAGACAUCAGAACUGCUGCAGCAACGCUGCUACCAGGCCCUGGCAUCCAAGAAGAAUGAGAUUGAUAAGUGGCGCAGGGAGUUCAAGGAGCAGUGGUCCAGAGAACAGAGGAGGAUGAAUGAGGCGGUGGCGGCUCUGAAAAAGGCUCGUCAGCAGUACCUGCAGCGCAGUGAGGACCUGGAGAAGACCAAGGCUGUGACGGCCAAGGCCGGGGACGAGCUCACAGCGGGACACAAGACCCUGGACAAGAGGAAGAAGUCACGUGACGACGCACAGUCAAAGGUGAUGGAGGCAGAGAUGCAGUACAGACAGUGUGUGUGUGAGGCCCAGGACCACCAGGACAAGCUGGAGAGCUUGAAGGAGAAAAUCAUCAUUCACACCCGCAAACUCAUCUGCCAGGGGGACACUGUGCUCAAGGAGGCCACAGUGAACAUGUUCUACUUCCAGCGUCAGCAGACGGAGCCGGUUCCCCUGGGCUACCACAACCUGGAGUUGACCUGCAGGCCGUGUGAACCCGGGGAGCCCUACCUGCUCUACAUCUUUAGGAAGAGAAGCCAAGAACAGCCCCUACAAACCUUCACCUUCCAGGAGUUUGUCCCUCAGAACAAGAGUGGCCGUCGUAAGACCAGCAACCCUAGCUCUCUACAGGACUCCUCCCUGCCUGAAGAAAGUCUGGUUAAACGUAAGGGCUACAGUGAUAGUGAGAGCAUCGGAGGCAGUCUGGAGUCUCUGUCCAGCCCAGCCCAUGGCAACAGGAGGCUUCCUAAAGCCCCCUCCACAGGGACAAUGUCAUCAGACGACCUGGAUGAGAGGGACAUAGGCACCGUCCUGGAAGGAGAUUGUGUGGACUCCACUCCAGAAGGGAACGGUACGGCGGGGAAGGUACGGACUACGUCCCGAGCCGCACUGACACACCGACUACGGAAGAUGAAGAGCAAGAUGGUGAAGUGCAAACAGUGUGACAAUUACAUCGUGGUCAACGGCAUCGAGUGUGAGGAGUGUGGCAUGGCGGUUCACAGGAAGUGUCUGGAGGUGUUACAGCAUGAGUGUGAGAACAGGAAGGGUGUUCUGUUUGGGGUGGGUUUCUCCCUGUUGCCCCGGGACCGGCCUGACGAGGUGCCCUUCGUGGUCCAGCGCUGCACGGCCGAGAUAGAGAGCAGGGCCCUCACUCUACAGGGGGUGUAUCGUAUCAGUGGGUCGAAGCCUCGCAUCCAGAAGCUGUGUCAGGUCUUCGAGACCCAGAAGGACCAGGUCGACCUCUCUGACCUUUCACCUCAUGACGUCACCUCAGUCCUCAAACACUUCUUCAAGGAGCUUCCAGAGCCGCUGUUGACCUUUGACCUGUACAAUGACUUCAUCUGGGUGGGCAAGGAGAUCCAGCGUCUCAGUGAGAGGGAGGCGACAGCAGAGACUCCUGGGAUAGUGGAGGACCUCACAUAUAGCCUGAGAGACCUGCUGGGGAGACUGCCCCCAUACCGCUACUACACACUGCAGCAUAUGAUGCGUCACCUCCACAGAGUAUCAGAGAACUACGAGGAGAACAAGAUGUCUCCCAGUAACCUGGGCAUCGUGUUUGGUCCGACCUUGCUGCGCCCGCUGGUGUCUGUAGACGUGUCCAUGGUGGCCCUACUGGAGACCACCUACCAGUCCCUACUGGUGGAGUUCCUCAUCACACACCACCAACACAUCUUCGACACUCCACCUCCCGCCCCCACCACCCCCUCCCUGACACCCCUCCCCGGGCUACGUGUUCAGGCGGGGCCCAGAAGACUGUUGCAGGGGCUGACCCUGGCUCUCAGGACCCCCCCGCAGGAGGAGCCUUGUCCAGAGAACGCCCCCGCUCUCUAGAGUCGUGGCUGUGAGGGGGGCAUCAGCAGAGGCUGCUGCUCUGGGUGAUCUGGUGUGGGUUCUAGAACCAGGGGACUCUCCCUCUGUGGGGACCCAGCCACAGAGCCACUUCACUAGGCAGCCUGUCAAAUACCAGCGCCAGCCCACCCCGU